AUGACAUCCAUCUUUCAAGCAUUCAUCUUCGGCGCCUUCAUAUUGAGGGGAGCCCUGGCGCAGGACAAUACCACUACCAACAACAACAAUGGCGAUAAAAUGAUUGGAUGGGUCUCCCCCGCACCCCGUCGAACAACUUGGAGCAUCAUCUGGAGCUGCAUGUCCAUCUUCGUCGUGUGUUCUUGGAAAUGCGUCCACCUCAACAUCCCCAGUCACGAAGAGGUUAAAGGAGAAUGGCAUACGCUGCAGGUAAAGUUUCUGCCAGACAUAUCGGUUUGUCCCAAAGCGCCGCUGAGGAGGAAAUGGAGCCGCAAGGUUCUCUGGAUGUGCUGCAUCGCGCUUGCGCCAGAGAUUGGAGUGUCACUCGCUGUGCAGCAACAUAUGAAGGCACGGAAGGAUCUCAAGAACGCCAAUAAAAAGCGGUCUAGGGAGCUAAAGCAAGAGUAUACCAUGGCUCAUGCAUUUUAUGUCCAGAUGGGCGGCAUUGUUAUCUAUGAUGUUCCUCAGUCUUCCACUGCAAAAAAGGGCCAGGAGACCACGAAUGGAAUCGAUGCCCUGGAAAUGCCCCGAGGCAAGAUAAUCACAUCACUGGCGGAACUCGGCGACAUAAAAGUCAGGAUUUCCGAGCAUGAGAUUAAAGACCUUAGCAAGGCCGAUAUUAUAACCAAAGUCUUUGCCAUCAUACAGUGCACAUGGCUUACAGUGCAAUGCAUCGCCCGCAGCGCCCAAGGGUACGCUAUGUCGCAGCUGGAGCUGGGUACUCUGGGAUUUAUCUUUUGUGCAUUUAUCAUGCAUAUAUUCUGGUGGUCGAAACCUUUCGACAACGAAUCACGACGAGUCCUUCCCCUUCUUCCCCAGUCUGGAAAGUUCUCCAGCCUUCAACUUUUUCUAUCCAUGGAUGAUCUAACCAAGUAUGAUCCUAUAUUGUUUCAGCAAAAGAUACCGGAAUCGCACCCUGAUGUUGGUAGUCAAUUCGUGUUCCGUAUGGCUGUACCGGGUGGAACCCUUGCCGAGAAACUUAUUUCAAGUGCCCUUUACUUGACCGUGAUUGGGUUUUCAGUCAUCCAUCUUCUGGCGUGGAACUGGAAAUUCCCCACGCCCCUGAUCCAGCAACUAUGGAGGUGGUUCAACCUCGGAACUGCUGCGGCGUCGAUUUUGCCAAUGGCUAGUUUUGUAGUGGGGGGUGUCCUAGACCCAAAUGGACGAAUAAUCACCACUAGAGGUUACAUCAUUUUCUUCAUCGCGGUUGGAAUUGUAUAUGUUCUGCUAAGAUUAGGAGUUCUCGGGUUGACUUUCUAUUGUCUUUCAUCUAUGCCCGAAAGUGUCUACACUACCAUGGAUUGGUUGGCUUGGAUUCCACAUUUCUCCUAG